AUGUACUUGAUGGUGCACUACGCCGCGCAGGCCAUGGGGUCGUCGUCGUCGGGCGGCGACGAAGGCAGUGUUGAAGACGCCGAGAGGGCCCGUGGGAAGCGCGUGGCGCUGGCCAUGGCGCUGGUCCUCUACGGCCUCGCAUGCGCUGAGGUCUGGAACUUCGCCGCGAGCCGGGAGAUCGCCGUGGCCGCGCUCGCGAGCUGGUGCGGCGCGGCUGUGAUGCUGCUGGUUUACUUGGUUGUGGCAAGGGCAAGUUGCGCUGGCGGAUGCUACAGUGCUCUUGCUACUGACGUGCCGUAG